AUAUAUUUUUUCUCAUUCUAACUUAUUGCACUAGUACAGCAGUGCAGGAAUAAAAAACAAACCUUAUAUAUCUAUGGUCGAGAACCUUCUUUGCUCAUCAUCUCUCUCAUCAUUACAGCUGAUCGCAACGUCACGUGUGCGUUUGAUUCGUGCUUGUCAAGUAGCCUCGAAAUUGUGCAAAAUUGCGGUGCAUCGGCCGUGAUCGGUUGAUUGCGGCUGAUCGUACGUCAAUUGACGAAGAAUGCUGCACACUCGUUAAAGAAUGACGUCGAAUUGAUGCUUUCAAAUGAGGUUAAUAAAUAAUUUUUAUGCCGGCGAGACAGUCAUCUGAUGUGAAAAAGGCGUGAGACGUCGCGACAAUUCCACAACCAUCCGACAUAAAGUCAGUGCCAGAGAGAUAAUGUACUGCCUACAAUGGCUAAUCCCUGUGCUGCUGAUACCGAAGCCUGUGAACCCAGCUCUGCUGCAAACCCAUGUCAUGUUUAUGGCACUUUAUCUCAUCGGAUUCUUCCUGGAGCGCAAGCCUUGCACUAUCUGUAGUCUCGUGUUCCUUGCUGCUGUCUUCCUUAUUUGCUAUAGUGGAAUAGGCAAUUGUCUACUCUGGAGCACAAAUUGCGACACAGUAAGAUGUGACAAUGGCUAAGAUUGUCAACUAUCUUUAACUCGCAAACGCUGAGAGUUAACAGAGAAUUAUUUAUCCUCUUGUUUGUUUUCUAUUACGUUUAUGUGCAUACAUACUUGCGUGCAUUUAUACGAGUGAGUUUUUAACUUUUUUUUUCUUUUUUCCUCCCUCUUCUCCCUUCCUUCUCCUCUCAUGCUACAGUAUAAUACACAAAGGUAGCUUUUAAUCUGUUUUGAAAAAAAUUAUAGUGUACUAAAGUAGUCUUUAGUUUCUAGCUGCAUCAAGAUUAGCCAUGAUUCACAUUACAAAAAAUUUACUUUAUCUACGAUGUAAUGUUUUACUGGAUAUUUACAUACUUUUUGUGUAUAGUCUUCAAAUCACAGAAUUCCAAAUAAGCAAACAUGUGAUACAAUGUAUUUGAUGAAAUUCAUUACAUAAACUAUAAAAUAUUGCCACAAUCAUUGACUGGAGCCAAUUAAAUUUCCAAUUUAUAAUGUGAUAUAGCUUUUAAUAUAGCUUGUUAAUGAAAUUUACUUGAAAAAUGCAAAUUUCAUAUAUUAAUAAAAUACACUUGUUACAAUAAAACAAAUCGGAAAUUAUGCAGCAUAUUUUUUUUAUACUUAUUCAUAGUUUUUAGCUGCACCUUUUCUAUGAUUUUAAAUAGUUACUUUUUCACAGGAUUCCAUACUUCUUCCUUACACAACAUACAUUAAAGAAUAUAUAUUGAUAAGCUGUUCAUAAAGUUAUCAUUUACUUCAUUAACAUUAAAAUUGCAGCAAAUUAUGUAAUAUGAUUAUUUGAUUGAUUGGUUGAUGUUAAUAAGUAGAAAAUGUCGCGAUUGAUUUAUACCAACUAUAACAUGAUGAAAUCAAAAUUUAAGCAUAAAAUAUAAAACUUAUCAAGUGAAUAUCAAGUAGACCAAAAUUUCUCAAGUGAUAAUUCUUGUCAAAUCUGAGAUAGCUAAAAUAUAGCAGCCAGAACUAGGAAAAAGUUAAAGGAAAGGGAGAAGUGGCUAAAACUAUGUAAAAAUAUUUUUUGUAUUGCUGCUUUUAUAUUAUUACAAAUCACCCACCUACACACACGGGCGCGCGCGCACACACACGCACGCACGCACGCGCACACACACACACACACACACACACACACACACACACACACACACACACACACACACACACACAGAAUAGAGUAUAUAAAUUUGCUUUUCAGAUUUAAAUUCAAAGAAUUGAUCUGUGCUAUAAUUUAUGAUUGUAAAUUUAUUUGCUACCUAUAAUUUUUAAUGUAAUAUCUAAUUUAGUAUAAGUAAUAUUACCAAUGUAAAUAUAGUCAUAGUAACUAAAAAUUAUUAUCCAUAUAACUCAUGAAUAUAGAUACAAAUACAAGAGGAGGUUUUUAGAUUCUGCCUCGGGUGAGGAGUGAAAUUUAAAGGUUAUAUCGGUAAAUCUUUUAUAUUUAUCUUUAAAGCAUGUAUGUGAUAAGGUCAAUUACUUUUCUGCAUCUAUCAUAUAAUCUUAUAUUUGUAAUAUUUUAAUAUAAAUUAAAGAACUUUGUCUUAGACAAAGUUGCAAAAAUUAUACCUUUAUGCAGAUUCAAGUAAAAGCUUAAUACUUUAUAACCAUACGAAAA